AGAAAGCUACAGAUGGCUCCUUACAGAGCGAGGACUGGGCCCUCAACAUGGAGAUCUGUGACAUCAUCAACGAGACUGAGGAAGGGCACUGCACAGGGCAUCGAGGAGCCAGCAGUGGGCAGCGACAGGCAUGACUCUUGGCCUCACCAAUCUCACCUAAACUUUUGUGUCUCUGCUGGAAUCCUACCAUUGCCAUACGUUUUUUCUAUCAUUGGGCAUACAUGGUCCACUGCCAGUGCUGUCCCCUGUUCUCCAGGACACCCUUCCCAAAGAUGCCUUCCGAGCAGUGAAGAAGCGAAUCGUGGGGAAUAAGAAUUUCCAUGAGGUCAUGCUGGCCCUCACGGUCUUAGAAACGUGUGUUAAGAACUGUGGGCACCGCUUCCAUGUCCUGGUGGCCAGCCAGGACUUCGUAGAGAGUGUGCUGGUAAGGACCAUCCUGCCGAAGAAUAAUCCACCCACCAUCGUGCAUGACAAGGUGUUGAACCUCAUCCAGUCCUGGGCUGACGCGUUCCGCAGCUCGCCUGAUUUGACAGGUGUCGUUGCUGUCUACGAGGACCUACGGAGGAAGGGCCUGGAGUUCCCCAUGACUGACCUGGACAUGCUGUCACCCAUCCACACACCCCAGAGGACUGUGUUCAGCUCAGAGACACCAUCCGGACAGAACUCUGUGGGCUCUGACACCAGUCAGCGAGGAGACCUGAGCCAGCAUGCCACCCCUCUGCCCACUCCCGCUGUCCUCCCUGGUGACUCUCCCAUCACACCCACUCCUGAGCAGAUUGGGAAGCUGCGCAGUGAGCUGGAGAUGGUGAGCGGCAAUGUGCGAGUCAUGUCGGAGAUGCUGACAGAGCUGGUGCCCACCCAGAUAGAGCCUGCGGACCUGGAGCUUCUACAGGAACUCAACCGCACCUGCCGCACCAUGCAGCAGAGGGUCCUGGAGCUCAUCCCACGCAUCUCCAAUGAGCAGCUGACCGAGGAACUGCUCAUGGUCAAUGACAACCUCAACAACGUGUUUCUGCGACAUGAACGGUUUGAACGGUUCCGAACAGGCCAGACUGGCAAGGCCUCCAGUGAAGCUGAGCCAGCUGUUGACUUGAUUGACAUGGGUCCUGACCCGGCAGCCACCAGAAACCUCUCAUCCCAACUGGCAGGAAUGAACCCUGGCUCCAGCAGUGUGAGGGCUGGCCUGCAGUCUCUGGAGACCUCGGGUCACCUGGAAGAUGACUUUGACAUGUUUGCGCUGACUCGGGGCAGCUCACUGGCUGACCAACGGAAAGGGGUCAAAUAUGAAGCCCCCCAAACCACAGAUGGCCUGGCUGGAGCCCUGGAUGCCCGGCAGCAGAACACCAGAGGGAUCCCCGCCACCCAGGCCCGCAUCAUGGAGGACAUUGAGCAGUGGCUGUCCACAGAUGUGGGGAGCGGUGCUGAGGAGCCCUCUGGUGUCACCAGUGAAGAAUUUGACAAAUUCCUGGAAGAACGGGCCAAAGCUGCCGAUCGACUGCCCAACCUGGCCAGCCCUUCAGCCGAGGGACCCCCGGGACCUUCUCCUGGCACAGCUCCUCGGAGGAAGACCCAGGAGAAGGAUGAUGACGCACUGUUCGCCUUAUGAAUGCAGGGCCUGGCACCCUGCAGCCCAGAGCCUGGCGCUCAUACCCACUGGGAUCCCGCCCUCCCUUGGUGUUAAGGCUGCUUGGGGGUGUCUUGUUACCCCCUUCUCUCCUCCUGGAGCCUGGGCAGCAGCGGGAUGAACUGGGGGAAUGGGUCAGCCCUCUGCUGGAACCCUGACUGGUCCUGCCUCCUUCUCCAUCCUGCUACCCACUACGACUUUGCUGAGACCUUAGGCCCCAGACAAGCUGACCUGAUGUGACCUGAUUGAUCUGGUGUGAGACUGCUUCCAUGAAACUCCCCCGGCUCCUUCCCUGGGGAGCCCACAGGAGCCCUCCACAAUCCACACUUCCAGUCUAGGUGAUGUGUCUAACAGACAUUACCACAGCCCCGCCCAUCCCUGCCCAGGCUUUGGCUGGCUGUUGGGGUGGGCUGUGGUGGCCCCUGCUGAGCCGCCCACUGUCCAGGUACGAAGUUGCACCUAGUGAGGCAAGACCUCACCAAUCAGGUGUCAAGACGAGACACGGGGUUCUGCGCACCCAGAGCCCCCGUUCCUCCACUGCCUCCCAUCCUUGCUCUGUUCCUCCGGAAGGCCCCGCCCACCUGAGGCUCACCUGUUGGUCGGUCCUCGGGUACAGGGAGAGGUGCCUUCUGUGUCCCCAAAUAAAAGUAGGAAGCCGCC